UCUGCAGAAUCUUUAAAGCUAACGAGAAAUCCUUUCUUCCUCUUCCUUUUCUUCUUCAUAAGAUGAGCUUGGGGUUAGGGUUUUAAUUUAACUACAACCAUGCCUGUUUUGCCUGACAAUUAAUAACCGUAGAUCGAGUUUAGAAGGAAAAAUACCCCACAAAAAUGUCGAUCACCACAUCAUCAUCGUCAGCCUUCAAGCUGAUCUGUCUCCUCCACUCGGCGGUCGCCUUAUCAAGCGGUUCGCUCAUGAUGUUCGACAUGAAGGGAAUCUACACCUUCACCCACGGGAUCGAGACCGCCACGAAACUCCUGGGCUCCUCCCCGCACGAUCAGCUGUUGAUCCGGACAUCCGAUUCUUUCUCGGGUUUGCUCCUGUUCGCGAUUGGGUUCUUGCUGUUCAUGGUCUCUUUUGUGAAAGACAAAAGCUUUCAAUCCUUCUUUGCCAAAGGCUGCACGGUCUUGCAUGUUAUCGUGGCCAUGUGGAGGUUCUGGUUCGAGAGAAGAGUGGAGGAUUUGGCUUGGGAUUGGCUUAGACAAACUGUUGGCGACAUUUUAUUGGGUCUCUCUUGGGUUUUCUUUUUGGUUUACUCUUGGAGAGAAAAGUAUGAUUAGGUUUAGGUCUAUUUUUUUUUUCUUUUCUGCUUAAAUUAAAUUUACUCUUUUCUCUUUCCUGUUGCUGCUUCUGUUAUUUGAUUUUUAUAUUUUGUAAUCUGUGAAAAGUGGAAGAAGGCAGCGGCCCCGUGUUUGCAAAGAUUAUAGCUUAGCCUAAA